ACUAGAGAUAAAUUGCGUGGCACAGGUUUGACAGAAUCCGGGCUGAGCCCAGCCGAGUCCCGGCUGAUACCAAUUUUACUGCUAUAUUUUAAUUUUUUGAUGAGUAGACAAACGCAGGGUCGGUCAAAAAUGAAGACAUAAGCUUAUAGUGAAUUGGGAAUAACUGACGCAAGAUUUGAAUCGAAUACGAGUCUACAAGCUUUUGGUGAUGACAAUGCAUCAAUUCUGGAUAACUCAACAUUUAUAGCGUCAGCAGUCGAUAAUGGGCUCCUUGAGCUUUGCCUGUUCCAAAUCUGUAAGAUUCCAAGAUGACCUAGAAACCGAAGAAUCUGCAGCAUCAAGAAAUGGAAAUUUCAUGAUCUUCACCACUACGAAAAGGGGGAAAGAAAUGCUCAAGUCAAUCCCAAAGAAUACCGAGAUUUGUUCAAGAAACAAGCCAUUUCAGAAUAAAAAACUUUCAAGGGUAUUCUCCGAAGACUACGAGAUAGUGCAGAAGAAGAUAUUAGAUCCACGAGGACCUUUUCUAAGCCAAUGGAAUAAAUGUUUUCUAAUCUCAUGUCUCAUUUCCCUUUUUGUCGACCCCCUAUUUUUUUACUUGCCGAGUGUUAAGGAGGACAUGUGCCUGCAAGUAAGCAUUCCCCUAGAGAUAGAUCUCACCAUCAUUCGUUCAGUAGUUGAUGCUCUUUAUAUGAUUCAGAUUUUUGUACGGUUUAGAACAGCUUUUGUUGCGCCUUCUUCUCGUGUAAUUGGGAGGGGAGAACUGGUUAUUGAUUCUUCAAAGAUUGCUUCAAGAUAUCUUCGUAAAGACUUUUGGCUCGACAUAUUGGCAGCUCUACCCCUUCCACAGGUGUUGAUUUGGGCUGCAAUCCCAUCUUUGAGGGGUUCAAAUGCGAUUACUGGAAAACAGGCCCUGCGCCUUAUCGUCCUUUUUCAGUUCCUCUUGAGACUGUAUCUUAUUUUCCCCCUUUCAUCUAAUAUCAUCAGCACUGUGGGGGUUAUUGUGGAAGCUGCAUGGGCUGGUGCAGCUUAUAAUCUUAUGCUCUUUAUGCUGGCAAGCCAUCUCAUUGGUUCGUGCUGGUAUCUGCUAGCAAUCGAGCGUCAAGAGGAGUGCUGGAAAAUGGUUUGUGAUCUUCAGAAACCAAAAUGCCAAUAUUAUUAUUUUGACUGUCGAACAAGUGUUGAUUCUAAUCGGAUAGCGUGGUUUAUAACAAGCAAUAUCUCCAAACUGUGUGAUCCUAAGAGCGAUUUCUACAACUUCGGAAUUUAUGGUGAUGCAUUGACCUAUGGAGUUACAAUGUCAAGCUUCCUUAAUAAGUACACCUAUUGUCUCUGGUGGGGAUUGAGAAAUCUGAGCUCCAUUGGACAGAAUCUCAUGACGAGCACCUAUGUUGGAGAAAUAGAUUUCGCCAUUGUCAUUGCCAUUCUGGGCUUGGUGCUUUUUGCAUUGCUCAUAGGGAAUAUGCAAACCUACCUCCAAUCUACUACUUCACGACUUGAAGAGUGGAGAGUUCGAAGAACUGAUACAGAACAAUGGAUGCAUCACCGGCAGCUUCCUCACGACUUGAAGGAGAGAGUACGCAAGUUUGAACUGUACACAUGGGUUACAACAAGAGGAGUCGAUGAGGAAGCUAUUCUCAAAGGACUUCCUCUUGACCUCCGAAGAGAUAUCAAGCACCAUCUUUGUCUUGAUCUAGUUCGAAGAGUUCCCCUUUUUGAUGAGAUGGAUGAAUGCACGCUAGACGCAAUCUGUGAACGUUUGAAGCCUGUUUUGUGCACUCCUGGAACUCGCCUAGUGAGGGAAGGAGACCCUGUGAUUGAAAUGCUCUUUAUAUUACGAGGGCACCUAGAUUCUUAUACAACUGAUGGAGGUCGAACCGGAUUUUUUAAUUCUUGUAGACUCGGGUCUGGGGACUUUUGUGGCGAAGAACUUCUGACGUGGGCUCUUUACCCGCGCCCGAGUAUCCUCCUCCCUUCAUCUACACGCACGGUGACAGCGAUUACUGAGGUUGAAGCCUUUGCACUUGUUUCAGAAGAUGUGAAGUUCGUUGCAUCACAAUUCCAUAAGCUGCACAGCAAGCAACUGAAGCAUAAAUUCAGGUUCCAUUCCCACCAAUGGAGGACUUGGGCAGCAUGCUUUAUCCAAGCAGCUUGGUUUCGAUACAAAAGAAAGAGAGAGGCGGCUGCGUUGAAGGCUCGGGAGUGUGCUGUAGCGCGUGAAUUAGCGACUGGACGAAGCACGUCGCUGCCCCCGAGGGCGUCGGAUUUUGCAAUGUGUGCUGUAAGAUUAGCAAAUAGUAAUAGAAGAGCCAGCAGCCUGAGGAAUAGUUCACAACUGGACCUACUCUGGAAGUUACAAAAGCCAGUGGAACCUGAUUUUCCAGUUGAUGAUGAUAGGUAAAAGUUAGCAGUUUGGAAAUAUCAGAUUUAAUGUAAACAAAAUUGUAAUGUAAGGAAAGGAUUAUGUUAGUUAACUAAGGGCCUAUUUGAUAGAACUUCUGUUUCUUGUAGAAGAGUUUAACUAAUAAGUUCUCUUAUAUCAACUUA